CGGGGACCUUGCCCCCGGCGGUCUCUUGGGCAGAGCUUUCUCCACAGUGCAGAUAUGGUCCACAUCGCACGAACAAGGGUCACUCUGCUUUUCGCCUUGACUUCUCUGACUCGCUACGCCCCCUUGCAUGAAGACAACUGACCAGCAUCCAAUGCCUGUCGAUGCAUUGCUUCCCCGCCCUGGAUCAGAUCAGCACAUACCUACACACACGCAUGCAGCACGCACUACGGCACAGUCAGUGCAUCCAAGUUCCGCCGAUACGACAGAAGGACGGGCAGACAGACAAACAAAAACCAACCUAUGAAAGUAGAUAGAUACAACAAUGACGAGUAUAUAGAGAUACAUACAGACAGAGAGGCGCAGAGAUACACGAGAUAGAUACAGAAAGAGCUGCCAUCUCGGACAUAUAUGAAUCCACUACGCACCGGCCUCCGUCCGGGACGGCACCUGCACAAGGAAGGAGAGACAAGAAAGCCAGCGAGCGCCACUAGCUGUGACUCCGACACCGAGCGUCGCGUGUCUUCUGUCUCUGACCGACCUCCUCUAUUGUGUAGACCUCCAAGUCCGCACACACGAAUGAAUGAGUGGCCGACAGCGUGGCCGAUCCGUACUUGCUGAAGCGGCCAAUGUACCUCUGGCCGUCGAGGGGCAGAUCUUUCUUCCCCAGACAGUGGUAGCACAGGCGAAGAUCGCCGCCAUAACCUAAUUCCAGCCGGCCACCAAAGUAUAACUCCCCGUUGUCUGCCACUCGCCGUGCACCGGCGACCUCCACCCACUGCGCGGCCCGGGGAAGUGUGAUCUUUGUGAUGCGGCCGUCGUCGAAUGCGCCGCUGAUGGAGUAGAAGGUCACCGGGCAAUUGGUCCUCUCCACUGCCGUUGGGUCAGCUGGCUGCGUGAGCUGUCCCUUGAUGUGGCUCGCAAAGAUGCAGCCGCCCAGGUCCUUGAUGACGAACAGCAGAUUGGCCGCCUCGCCCACCUUAGCGAGCAGGCAGCCAUGCAUCCAGCCGUCGCGCUGACCCCUGACAGACACAUCCGGAUACAGACACAGAGGACAGGGAAAAUGCACUCAUGGACCAGCUGGCAAUAGCGUCGUGGCUUCGGUAGGUGCCCCACUCACUUGAAGAGGAGCUGUGCCGUCGAUGGUCUGUCGGCCGCCAUGUCGGUGAGGGCCUGCAGCUCAUCGGCAGGGAUGAUAGGGUCGGCCGGACGGGUGCUCCACACCUGCACACACACACAGAGGUGAUACAUACAGCCCCAACACAGCCAUGUGUUCGUCAAAGUCUGUUCUGACCUGGUAGACCUCCAGUCGCUGUGCCGUGAAGACAUGGCUGCCGGCCAGGGUGGCCCGUCCCUCCUCAUUGAAGCUGCCCACAUACGUCUUGUCGGCCGGUAGGUCGCUCUUGUCAAGCCACUGGCGGCAGCGGCGAAGAUCUCUGGUGGGCCCAUCCCUCCCGCCCCCCAGCCAUAGGCGGCCGCCACCGAUGGACACCUUGCCGUGGUACACACCGUUGGAAGCCACGAUCGCUCCUUCCGUACCGGCGACCGACACAUACUGUCUGUUGUGGGGUACGGUGAUCUUGGCGAUGCCGCCCUCCUUGAAUGCACCGCUGAUGGAGUAGAAGGCGACGGGGCAGCCGGUGGUUAGUGUUGAUGUGGGGUCGGUCGGUGGGAUGAGGGGCCCCUCCAAGUGGCAUGCGAAGCGGUGCUGCUCUUCAUCCUCGAUGACGAGCAGCAGGCCGUACACACCCGUCACACGAUCCAGCAAUGUCUCAAACUCACCGCCGUCACGCGAACUUCUGAUGUACAACAGAAACACGCACAGAUCGGCGAGUCCAUCCUUUCUCUCAUCUCCUCUGUUGUGUGUGGUCUUUCCGACUCACCUGAAGAGGCAUUUGAUGUGGCUGUGGGGUUUGCCGAUCAUCGAGAGGUACACCCGCUCCAUGAGGCCGUACAUCUCACACGCAUACAGCAGCUCGCCAGCCGAUCCGCUCGGCGGCAGCGGCGUGACGGCAUCGGGGGCCAACCGAAUGCGACGGACGUAAUCCACCACCCUGCAGACCACAACACCAAACACAUGCAGUGUUGUCUUCCGUCUGGCUGUGUGUGUGUGGUGUUACCUGUGGAAGUUAGCGGCAGACACAUCUACGACAGGCCCUCUAUACCUGCACACGUACAAAGGAGGCCACGAUGAUGGCCACCGAGCUCUGAUGUCUGCUUGCGUCCCUUCCCACUUGGUGAAUCGGUCAUAGAGUGUUUGGUAGUCGGCCAGUGUGGCGUCGGUGGUGGCCACCAGCCGACCUCCAUCUACAGUCACGCUGAGCACCUCCCUGCCGCCCGUCCCGCCCGCCGACGUGUCGAUGAAGGGGCCCAUGACGGCCAUGACGUCGCGGAAGGCCUCACUGUUCUCAUCGCCGGGCUGGGCGUUGAUGGUCAGGUCAGUGUGGGCCAUGAAGCGGUCGUGGUAGAAGGCCAACGAUGACGGGAGGCCGUCAUAAAUGUCGGUCGUGUCGAUGCCGUCGUGCCUCGGGUACUGAAGCGUCACAGCCAACCUGACACCACACACACAGACGAGAGUUCAAGCAUUCCAACCACUGGCAGCCAAUGUGUGUCGCCCUGCUGCCAUUCUCACCAGGUGAAGUACAACGGAUCUGCGUCGAGGAAGUGAACACCGUUGGCAUCCCGGAGUAUCCAGUCAUCGAAACGGUGGAGCAAUAAGGCCAGGCAGGUGUUCUUGAGGCCAUCGCGAAGCAGCUGAUCACUCGGGAACCUCAUCACCCUCCCGCCCACAUUCAGCAGCAUCCCUUCCUGACUCGCUGCCGUCGUGCUGUCGGUGCUGGUGUUGGUUUCUGCCGUGGUGUCGUCUGGCGACUCCUUUGGCAUGCACAAACCCAUCUUGGUCGCUUGGUUGACAACAAUGAAACGAGAACGCACGUAUAGGUAGCCGUUGACACGAAGGCCUCCCCUCUGGCCAGAUCCACGCAGAGGGGAAGAC